AUGACAAAAGACCUGACCCUCUCUAUUUCAGAACUGACAUAUCGUCAGGUUGCGAAUACUGACGGGAGCAUUUCAUCGGACUCUGAUGAAGAGCCCUUGAGCCGAAGAGCGAGAAUUGAGAAAUACUCGGUAGCGACCAUGAUCGGUGGAUUUCGUAUCCUGGUUCUCCCUGUCCUCGCUCAGCAUUUGCCAGUUUCAUCCGUCAAUUGA